AUGGGGUCUAGAAGGGAUAAUGAUGGACGGUUGAAUAUGGAUGCAGUAAGAGACGAGAGAGAAGAUGUUUCAACACAAUAUACUGCUGAAUGGCUCAGCAAUGUUCAAAUGCCCGCAAAGGCCCACUCUGUUGUUCAAGAUAUUGAUGAACCCCAUUCGCCUAGAGUUUCUAGGUCUGCCCCUGCAUUAAGUGUCAAGUCAAGGCAAAGUAAUGCAGGCAUCAGUAGAAGCAAGUUGCAGUUGCAGUUAAGGCAACUGAAAGAAAAACAACAAUUAGAUAGGGAAGCUCGGCAUUUAGAACUAGAAAUGCAAAGACAAGAAUUAGAACUAGAAAGGAAACGACGAUUCGCUGAGAUUGCAGAAAGGAAGGAAUUGCAAGAAAUGGAAGCUAAGUUAGCACAUGCUGAGCUUUUGGAACAAUUCGAAGUCGAUAGUGAUGAUCAGAUCUCCGAUGAUGGUAACAGAGAACUGAAUAUGAUGAGUCAUGACCAUGAGGGAAAUGGACCUUAUGAUGAUGCGGAACAACGUGAUGCGGAACGUCGAGAUACGGAGCGUCGAGAUACGGAGCGUCGAGAUGCGGAACGUCAAGAUGCGGAACAACGUGAAACGGAACGUCGAGAUGCGGAGCGUCGAGAUACGGAGCGUCGAGAUGCGGAACGUCAAGAUGCGGAACAACGUGAUACGGAGCGUCGAGAUGCGGAACGUCGAGAUACGGAGCGUCGAGAUGCGGAACGUCGAGAUGCGGAACGUCGAGAUACGGAGCGUCGAGAUGCGGAACGUCGAGAUGCGGAACGUCGAGAUACGGAGCGUCGAGAUGCGGAACAACGUGAAACGGAACGUCGAGAUGCGGAACGUCGAGAUGCGGAACGUCGAGAUACGGAGCGUCGAGAUGCGGAACGUCGAGAUACGGAGCGUCGAGAUGCGGAACGUCAAGAUGCGGAACAACGUGAAACGGAACGUCGAGAUGCGGAACGUCGAGAUGCGGAAAGACGAAAUGCGGAGCGAGGAGAUGCGGAACGUCAAGAAGCGGAGCGACGGGAGACCGAAAGUAGAGAAUUAUAUCGAAGAGACGAACUCUUUAGGCAUGCAAGAUAUAAUGCUGAACAGUUUCGAAUGCCAUAUGGAACAUACAAUAACACGUUUAUGAAUCCCCAAGUGCCCACAACACAAAUGUACCAGCGAGGUUAUACAACGGAUCAACAAACCCAAUUAGUACACCCUAACUUUGUUCCAACGAUGUAUCAGGAUGCAGUUCAAAGUUCGUGUCCACAGUACGGGAAUGUUCAUUCCCAUAAUCGUCAGUUUCAACAUCCAACAUCCGAUAGUCAACAGAUGUUCGAACAACAACAACAAGCUUUGAGAUUGAUGGCAACUACAAUUGGGUCGACAAUAAGUAAAGGUUUUGUGAUGCCUAAACGCGAAUAUAUGUCUUUCGAUGGGAAUCCAUUAGACUACCCUAGCUUUAUAACAAAUUUCAAGACUAAUGUGGAAGACGUCGAAAGCGAUCCCAACGUUAGACGCACUUAUUUGAUCCAACUCUGUACGGGAAAGGCAAAGGAAGCCAUCAGUGGAUCUGUGAUGUUACCGCCGGAAGAGGGGUACAAAAAGGCAAAGUCUAUUUUGCAUGAAAUGUUUGGGCAGGCUCAUAUUGUGGCUGCUUCUCACAUUGAUCGAGUGACGAAAGGUUCUAUAAUUAGGGAAAAUGAGAGUGAAAAGCUUAUGCAGUUAGCCCGAGACAUGAAUUUGAACAAAUUGGGCUACCAAUCAGAUAUAAACUCAAGACACAACAUCAGCGCGAUUGUUUUACGGCUGCCAAAAUACCUCCGUUCAGAAUGGGCCAAAGAGGCGAAUAAGCUUAGAGAUCAAAGAAGUGAACCAGAUUUUGCAGCACUCACAAAGUUUGUAGUAAACAAAGCUAAGUUGGCAAAUACUGAGUAUGGUCGGCUUGUUAAUGUUAAAAUGGACUGGGAAAGGAACAAAACCAAGUCUUAUGGUAAACAACAGAGGAACGUCUCAGCUUAUCAAGUGUCGAAUAUUUCGUCAAACGAAGAACAAGAUGGUAAACGAAACAUAACAAUGAAGUUAAAUGCAUUUUCUGUAGUAAGGAAGGCCAUUCGCGAG